AUGCAUGAAGAGCAAGAUGAGAUGAUGGGUGAGAAAGGGUGCGAGAGCUGCAAGAAGUGGCAGGAGCACUACUACUGGGAGCACAUGGAUGCGAGCAAGACCAAGUUCUUCAAGCUCAUGACACAAGAUUCCCAGCAGCGCAUUCGCAUACCGGACAAAUUUGCGAGCAAUUUCAUCAGGCAGAUGCAGAACCCACAGGGAUUUGACCUGAAAGCAACAAGCGGCGAAACAUGGCAUGUGGGUGUUACCAAGGUUGCCAAUGGCCUGUUCUUCAGUUCAGGAUGGGGAGAUUUUGUCAAGGCUCAUGAACUGCAGGAGAAUGACCUCCUGGUCUUCACAUUCAGCGGCAACUCCUCUUUUGAGGUUCUCGUCUUCGAUGCGACCGGCUGCGAGAAACUAUCUUCUCUCUUCGCUGGCGCUGGCAUGCGCAAACAUUUUCAUGGUAUGGUGGGUCAACAGGUUGAGCAAUACUCUCUAAGUGAUGAUUCUGAUUCUGAUUCUGAUGAUGACGACGGCGAGGAGGAUGACGAUGAUGAUACAAGUGUGCCGUGUCAGCUGAUUGAGUCCCGUCAGAAUGUCUCCACUUUAAGGAAAUUCAGUAGCAGAACCAAACCAAGGAAAGAGCUUCUUCCUGGAUCACCAAACUGUAGCAGCUCAUGUGAUGUUAAGCAUGAGGAAACUGAUGAAGAGGAGAGUGAUGACGACACAUAUGCUGACUUCGACUACUGCUACUCGAGGGCUGCAAAGCAACUACCCGACGACGAAAAAAGUGAAAUAAUCGGGCUGGCUUCGAUCCAACCGGGCAAUCCAGCAUUCAUGACAGUUCUUCUGAGGGCCCACCUGCAACACAAGAACAACUUUCUGGUCAUCCCCAGUAAAUUUGUACACGAACAUCUUCACAUGAGAUCACAUGAGGUUGUGCUCCUCAGGCCAAACAGAGAAGAGAGGUGGCAUGUCAGGUACUACCAGGGGAGCUCCAGCAGAGGCUUCAGGGGCCAACCCUGGGCCAAGUUCGUCCGUGACAACGAACUGCACGAGGGGGAUGUCUGCGUCUUCGAGCUGAUCAAAGGCGUGAGGAAUGAGAAGAAGGCGGCGAGGACGACGAUGACCGUCCAUGUUGUCAGGAGGAGGAGGUCCAACGGUCGGUUUGCCUUAGUGGGCUAA